AUGGUUUACCAGUAUGCUGAUCUCCCUCAAUACUCUUAUCAAAGUUUUGAGCGUCAAUACCAGACCUUUGAUUUUGAAUCUCAAUCUUUCCAAUUUUACCCUGUCACCUAUUCCACGACCGAUCUGACCGAGGGCCAAAACCAGGACAACAAGGAGCCCACUACCGAACCGGAGAAGGACGCUGCCUCUGAAGAGCCUGCCGCGGAGCCAAAAGGCGAUGACAGCCCGGCCGCUGAGUCUGCAGAUGCCGCAGAGGCUGCACCAGCAGAGUCUCCACCCGAUGAGCCUAAAGAGGAGGGCAAGGACGAACCCCCUGCUGGUGAUGAGCCAGCCCCAGAAGCAGAGAAGCCCGAGGAGGCUCCCGUAGAAGAGGCACCUCCCGCAGAGGAUGCAAAGCCCGAGGAACCAAAGUCUGAAGAGGAACCCAAACCUGAAGAUGAACCAAAACCGGAGGUAUCCACACCUGAAGAGGAAUCCAAACCCGAGGAAGAAUCGAAACCUGACGAAGAACCCAAGCCUGACGACGAGGCGAAGCCAGACGAUGCCAAGCCUGAAGAGGAUCCAAAGCCCGAAGGCGCAGAAGAUGCGAACAAAGACGAAGAGUUUCCCGCAUUCGAUCUAGACGCAGAGGAUCCUGAAUUAGCUAAAGCAAUCGCAGCUGAGAAGGAGGCAGAGGCUCAAGCGGCUGCCGAGGAAGCUUUAGAGAAGGAAAACGCAGCAAAAGCUGCGGAGACACCGCCAGCAGCGCCAGAUCCACCUGCGGAAGAGACUAAGUCCGGGGGUAAGAAGAAAAAGAAGAAGAAGAAGGGUAAGGGCAAGGCAGAGGAGCCAGAUCCGGAGCCAACGCCUGAACCGGAGGCGGACCCAGCGCCAGAGCCAGUGCCUGAACCAACGCCUGAACCAGAAGUAGAGGCAGCGCCAGAGCCUGAACCAACUCCCGAACCAGAACCAGAAGCAGCACCAGAGCCAGCACCAGAGCCAGCACCAGAGCCAGCAUCUGAACCAACGCCUGAACCAGAGCCAGAAGCAGCGCCAGAGCCCGAAGCAGCACCAGAGCCAGAACCUGCAGCGGCAGCUGAAACAGCUCCAGAGCCCGAAGCUGAGCCCGAAAAGCCUGCGGAUGAUGCUGCUGAGACUCCAGUCAUGGAAGAACCGGCAGCGCCUGAACCGGCCGCGGAAGAACCUAAGGCUGCAGGUAAGGGGAAGAAGAAGAAGAAGGGCAAGAAGAACAAGAACAAGGCAGAGGAUCCAGAACCCGUACCAGAACCCGUAGUCGAACCAGUUCCGGAGCCCGAAGCAGCACCCGAAGCACCAGCAGCAGAGGCUGAGGCAGCACCUGUGACAGAAGAGGAAAAGGCCCCCGAAGAACCCGCCAAGGAGCCUGAAGCGGAACCGACUCCAGCUGAGGAAACACCUGCUCCCGAACCCGCAGCUACAGAGCCCGAAGUAGUCGAAGAAGCUCCUAAAGAGGCACCUGCCGAAGAGAGUACUCCAGCUGAGCCGGAGCCCGAGGCUGCGGCUGAACCACAAAAGGCACCGGAGCCUGAGGUGCAGCCCGAAGCAGUUAAAGAAGCACCCGUGGUAGAGGAAACCCCAGCCGAAGUGCCUGCUGAAGAACCUGCUGCUGAGGCACCAGUCGAAGAAGCACCGGCCGAGACUCCGGAAGAACCAGCCCCGGCUCCCGCUGAGGAACCGGCCCCUGCUGAAGAGACCCCUCCCCCUGUGGAGGAGACUCCCGCUGUGGCUGAAGAACCAGAGCCUGCCCCGGUCGAAGAGCCUACUCCUCCAGCUGAAGAGCCUGCCCCAGAGCCUGCUGCGCCUGCUGAGGAGGCUCCUGCUCCAGAGGCUGCUCCAGAGGCUGCUCCAGCAGAUCCUCCCGCUGAGGAGGCCCCUGCCGAGCCAGCUCCUGAGCCAGUUGCCGAACCCGCUGCUGAAGAGCCUGUGAAGGAGGAACCGGCUGAAGAGCCCGCUCCUGUUGAACCUCCUACUGAAGAAGCUCCCGCCGAGCCAACACCUGAGCCCGCUGCUGAGCCUCCUGCUGAAGAACCUCCCGCCGAGCCAACACCUGAACCUGCUGCCGAGCCUCCUGCUGAAGAAGCUCCUGCUGAACCAACACCUGAGCCGGUUGCUGAACCUGUUGCUGAAGAGCCUGUGAAGGAGGCACCGGCUGAAGAGCCCGCUCCUGUUGAACCUCCUGCCGAGGAACCUCCCGCCGAGCCAACACCUGAGCCCGCUGCUGAGCCUCCCGCCGAAGAACCUCCCGCCGAGCCAACGCCCGAGCCCGCUGCUGAGCCUCCCGCCGAAGAACCUCCUGCCGAGCCAACGCCCGAGCCCGCUGCUGAGCCUCCUGCCGAAGCAACACCCGAACCUGCUGCAGAGCCUCCCGCCGAGCCAGCUCCCGAGCCACCUGUUGCCGAAGAGAAGGAAGUGACCGAAGAUGUUCCUCCUGCCGCGGAACCUGUAGAGGAGACUCCUGCUCCAGCUCCAGUCGAAGAAGCACCGGCUGCCGAUCCACCUGCAGAAGCCACCGUAGAACCGGAAGUCGUACCCGAGGAAGCAGCAAAGGAGAUCCCAGAGGAAGCACCUGCUCCAGAGCCAACGCCCGAAGAGCCAGCUCCUGCCGAACCUGCUCCAGCUGAGACCCCGGCACCUGACGAAUCUCCGGUCGAACCGGCAGUUCCGGACGAAGCACCAGCUGAGACACCGGAGCCCGAUGUAGCUGCAGUACCAGUCGAGACUCCAACGCCGGAAGAGGCAGCACCUGAGACACCGCCAGAGGAGCCCACUCCCGAGCCAGAGGCUACCAGAGACCUUCCCAUCGAAGACCCACCAGCAGAUCCAGAACCUACCCCGGAACCAGUCCCCGAGCCAAGCCCUGUCUCCGUUCGCGACGAAGUUGCGCUAGACGAGCUCGUGCCACCGGAAGACGCCACACGCGGGGCGGAUAUGAUCGACGCCGAGCCUCAUCCUGAGGGACCUCUAGACGAAAGCGAGGAAGCCGCAGCGGCUCGCCGCGCUCGACGCCGUAGAUUACGCCGCUCACCGGUAGAGGGAGAGCGUAGACACCCCAAGACCUCAUCCGACAGCCGUCGGGAUCAUCUCGAACGCCAGAAGAGUGAGCGAGGUAUCUUCACCAACCGCUGGGCGAAGGCACUGGAAGAGGCACGACGCCAACACGACGAGAAAUCCCAGGCUCAGCGAAAGCAGCGUGCUCUCGCUGAUGAGCGGGAGCGCAGCGGGAUCAUCACCGAGAGGAGCAAACGUUCGAGAAGCUCGGCAAGAGACAGGGAAAGGGAGAGGCCAAGGGAACUAGAAAACGAGGACGAAGUUAUCGAAUCCAGAUCCAAACGCCGCCCUUCCGAAAGCCCCUCAAGCCAGGCAAUUGAGCGUUCUCGCUCAACCAGGACCUCGUCAAAGCAGGCUCCAACACCCGUGCUGGUGCCUCAGCCACGUGCCUUCCUACGAUACAUGACAGAAGGCAAAUCAGAUACUAACGGACCUCUCCUGCGUCUAAAUGCCGCCAAGGCUGGGCCGCCUGUGGAGAAGCCUCCUCGAUCUUCGGGAAGCCACAGUAGUGGCAGCCGCCACGAUCGUGAGUAUGAAGACCGAUAUUCUGAUGGUCGGUCCAGUGGACGGUCUAGUGGAUCUCUAUCCCGACGCAGCGAUGAACCUCGUCAUGAGCGGAUUGAGGCUCGUUCGCGGUAUGCGGAUGAACCUCGUCAUGAGCGGAUUGAGGCUCGAUCCCGACAUGUGGAUGAGCCUCGUCAUGAACGCACCGAGACUCGAUCCCGACACGUGGAUGAACCUCGUCGUGAACGCACCGAGACUCGAUCCCGACACGUGGAUGAGCCUCGUCGUGAACGCACUGAGACUCGAUCCCGACAUGUGGAUGAGCCUCGUCAUGAACGCACCGAGACUCGAUCCCGACACGUGGAUGAACCUCGUCGUGAACGCACCGAGACUCGAUCCCGACACGUGGAUGAGCCUCGUCGUGAACGCACUGAGACUCGAUCCCGACACGUGGAUGAGCCUCGACGUGAACGCACUGAGACUCGAUCCCGACACGUGGAUGAACCUCGUCGUGAACGCACUGAGCCUCGAUCGCGCCGCGAGGAGGAACCUCGUCUUGAGCGGGCUGAGACUCGAUCCCGAUACGUGGAUGAGCCUCGUCUUGAGCGGACUGAGACGCGGAAAUUGCGACGUUCGUCGACGGCUGAACAUGGUCUGUCUGGGGAGAGGGAGAGGGAGAAAGAUCGGCAUAGAGCGCCUGAGCCUGAGCGUGAACGGGCAAGAGAGGGAGGGGAGAGGAGGGCUGAAGGUUCUUCUCGGCGUUAUAAGGAGACGAGGGAGGAGCGCUCUCAACGCCGACACAGGCGUGAGGAGUCUCCACCUCGAGAGGACUCGAAGCUCAAGAAUAUCUGGAGGGCUAUUGCUGCUCACUAG